GUGGAGAGCUGCAGAAGAAACAGGCUUUGGGGACACAAAGACAGCAUUGCUGGAAGGACAACAGCUCCAGCCCUCAAAAUCCUGUCUCAGAUUUCUUAAAGGGACAAGAAUUGGCUCCCAGGCAGGCCAAGGAGGAAAAUGUCUGGGUUGCAGAAGGAAAAAACAGUUCAGGAAUCGUAUUCCAUGAAAAUGUCCAGACUGCAAAGGCCUGGAAGGAUUGAAGCUCAAGCUAACAGAACUAGCACCCAAUGGCCUGUUUUCCCAAGGACCCAGAAAUCCAACAGAAUUAUAUUAGAACCUGGAAUAUAAUCUGGGUAUAUUCACUCAACCAGGAUAUAAUCUGAAGCUAACAAAGACUGGGCAAAAAUCAGAGACCAGAGACGAGAGUCUGGAAUUUGCAUGGGGAGCAGAGAGAGAAGCCUCUUGAUUUUUUUGAGAGCUGAGGAGCAUCUUGAAUUAAGGAAUCCAGAAAUGCAAGAGAAACCAGAACUGAGCUUUGCAGAACCUGAGUGGGCCUGCCUGGGAGGAGCCAGAACCCAAGACUACAAGGAUAGGAUUUAGAAACUGCCCCCACCCUGCUCAAGCUACAUGAAAUGGAAUCAAGGAAUCCUGAGAGCUGAAGAGGGGCCUUGAAGAAUUUGGGAGUGGGGAGCAUACUCAGGGCACAGGAGCCCAAGACCUUUGUUCAAGGUGCUGCAUUUUGAAAUGCUGAACAGGGUUCGAGACCUGCAUCCCUGAAGGGCUGGAGCAGCCCAGGAGUUAUGAGGGGCCAGAGGACUUGCUCAGCCCAGGAGGCUGACCGUGCUGUUCUGAGGAAGAUGCCAUGGCUUCCUUUUGCCCCCCGCCUGAGCACUGCAGCAUUUCCUGAGUCUGAUUCCUUUUGGCUGGAGGAAGAAGCAGGGAGGACGCUCUUUUGCCUGGGUUUGUGAUGCCUCCUCUGGCCCACAGUAUAGCAGGCACAGUGGGUACAGGAAUCAGUCCCCCCCAUAGCAAUGGAGGGGGACUGGUGAAGGGCCCAGGGACACCCGAUGGCCAUGACCUGGCCAGGGAAGACUGAGCAAGAUGCGCAGAGACAAGCAACUCUAUGGCGGGGAGAUGGCGGAUGGCCACGGCUGCUCUCUGGGGCCCUGAGAUGCUAAGCCCAAGUUCUCCAAGGCUUGCAACAUUUCCUACCAUGGAAAGGGUUCUGUGGCUGAUGGUGCUGCUGCUGGAGGGGAGCACGCUGGCUCAGGUGGAAGUCUGCCCUUUUCAUUGCAUCUGCCAAAACCUCUCCGAGUCCCUCAGCACACUCUGCGCCAACAAAGGGCUGCUCUUUAUUCCCCCCAACAUUGACCAGCGGACAGUAGAGCUGCGCUUGGCAGACAACUUCAUUCAGGUGGUGGAACCACCAGAUUUCCUGAACAUGACAGGCCUUGUGGACCUAACCCUCUCUCGAAACACUAUUGAUACCAUCCGCCCUUUUGCCUUUGGGGACCUGGAAAGUCUCCGCUCCCUCCACCUGGACAGCAACCGGCUAACAGAAAUCAGGGAAGAGGCUUUGAGGGGUAUGAUCAACCUUCAGCACCUCAUCCUUAACAAUAACCAGCUGGUGGACAUCUCAGUGGCUGCUUUUGAUGACUUCUUGUUGACACUAGAAGAUUUGGAUUUGUCCUACAACAACUUGCACAGUGUUCCAUGGGAGGCAAUCCAGGGGAUGCUCUGCCUUCACACACUCAAUUUGGACCACAACCUCAUUGACUUCAUCCUAGAAGGAGCCUUCACUGAGCUGUACAAGCUCUCCCGGCUAGAUAUGACCUCCAAUCGUCUUUACACACUGCCGCCAGACCCUCUCUUUGCCCGCUCUCAAGUUGGGGUCAUCAGCCCGACCCCGUAUACCUCCACUAUCAUGCUCAGCUUUGGUGGCAAUCCUCUGCAUUGCAACUGUGAGCUGCUGUGGCUGAGGCGCUUGGCGCGCGAGGAUGACAUGGAGACCUGUGCCUCCCCUGCACAGGUGGCCGGCCGCUACUUUUGGUCGGUGCCUGAGGAAGAGUUCACUUGUGAGCCUCCUCUCAUCACACGCCACACUCACAAGCUCUGGAUUUUGGAAGGCCAAAGGGCUCUCCUGAGAUGCCGAGCCAUUGGGGACCCUGAGCCAGUGAUCCACUGGGUCUCCCCUGAUGACAAAAUCAUCUCCAACUCCACCAGGACCGUAUCAUUUCGCAAUGGCACUUUGGACAUCUUGGUGACUACCAUCCGGGAUGACGGGCUCUACACCUGCAUCGCCAUAAAUGCGGCUGGGGAAUCAACGGCCACCAUAGCCCUCACCAUCAUCCCCUUGCCCCAUCAGGGGAAUGGCAGCAUCACAGUGCUGCAGCAGGACCCAGGUUCAUCCGACAUCGCCAGCUCUGCCAAGACCGCGGCCAACGCCACGGAGGGGGCUUCUGAGAAGGGAGUGGUGGUGUCUGACGUGACGGCCACAUCAGCCCUGGUGCGCUGGGUGGCAGACAAGCUGGCCCAUGCGGCCUGGAUGUACCAGAUCCAGUACAACUGCACUGCCGAUGACGUGCUCAUUUACAGGAUCAUCCCUGCCAGCAGCAGACAUUUCGUCAUCCAGCACCUUGUGCCCAGCGUAGAGUACGACUUGUGUGUUUUGGCCAUCUUCGAUGAUGUGGCCACUUCCUUGGCGGCCACACACCUUUUGGGCUGCGCCCAGUUUGCCACAAGGGAUGCCUAUCCAGACUGCCACUCGCUGCAUGCCCACUUCCUGGGGGGGACCCUGACGGUGACUGUAGGGGGCAUCAUUGUGGUUACUUUGCUGGUUUUCAUGGUGACCAUGAUGGUGAAGUACAAAGUCUGUGGCAGCAUUCAUGGGAACCUACCUAAAGCCACCAAUGUCUACUCACAGACCAACGGGGGGCACCCCAAUGGGCUGCUCUUCCAGCGGACGUCCCCCAAGCAGCGUGGCCCAAAGCACACCAAGGAGGCUCGGCUGCAAGGGGCGGAGCACAGGACAGGGGCUGGAACAGCCUGGAGGCUCCAUGCUCCUGCCAAAACCAAGCGUAGCACCUCCUUGGAUAUGGGGAACAUCUCCUCCCCGAGCCCUUGCUACAGCUAUGCCAAGCGCCUCAGCACUAUAUGGACCAGACGCAGCCAGUCCGUGCAUGGCAUGCUGGUGCAGUGCGCCGUUCCUGAGAACCACAAUGCCACACAGCUUGGACCCUUCCUCAAUGCAGAUGAGCUGGAAGAAAGUGUAGUAUAGUCCUCAGCCUGCCUCUGGGAUGAAGGGAUAAAGCUUGGGCACCUGGGAGGGAACACCAGGCUGCCGCUGGCACCUAAUCGGCCCAAAGGAAGUGCUGGUAUGGUGAAGGGGGCAGCGCCUCAUGGCAGCAGAUGUAAUUGCAGGCACUGGAAAUCUUGUAUUUGGUAUGGAAAUGCUGUAGCUCAGCAAUCUGCAAAGGCCUGAAGCGGCUGCUCCGGUAAGAGCAACACUGACCAGCCUCCACAGGGAGGGGCAAGCAGCAGACAGGCUGGCAGCAGAAGAGCUGCUUGAUCGAGAGGCCUGUCCUCAGCCAGAGGAGGCCAGGACACAGUCCUUCCUCUCCCUUUUGGCCCAGUUGUGCCACAGAUCGAUCAGGGACAUGAAUAGGAAGCCUGCAUACAGGAGGCCUAGAAGAAGGGCUGUGGAUACAGAAAUCAGUUGCUCUGGAUGGGAAAGGAGAUGUACAGUUUUAAAAAGAAAUGUCA